AUGCAACACCUUUCUGUGAUGGAGGUGAAUCCUUCUGCUGUUCCUCUACCCGCCCUCCUUCCACUCCCUCCUCCUCCUCCUCCUCCUCCUCCUCCUCCUCCUCCUCCUCCUCCUCCUCCUCCUCCUCCUCUUCCCCUUCCUUCUCCUGCCCCUUCUCCUCCCCCUUCUUCUCCUCUUCCUUCUCCUCAUCAUCUUCCUCCUCUUCCUUCUCCUCCUCCCCUUCCUCCUCCUCCUCCUCUUCCUUCUCCUCCUCUCCCUCCUCCUCCUCUCCCUCCUCCCCCUCUCCCUCCUCCUCCUCCUCUCCCUCCUCCCCCUCUCCCUCCUCCCCCUCUCCCUCCUCCCCCUCUCCCUCUUCCUCCUCUCCCUCCUCCCCCUCUCCCCCCUCCUCUCCCUCCUCCUCCUCUCCCUCCUCCCCCUCUCCCUCCUCCUCUCCCUCGUCCCCCUCUUUCUCCUCCUACUCUCCUUCCUCCCCCUCUCUCUCCUCCUCCCCUUCCUCCUCCUCCUCGUUCACCUCAUCCUUCUCAAUUAUUUCCUCGGUUUUCUCCUCCACAUUCUUCUCAUUUUCUUCCUCUGUUUCCUCGUCACUUUUCUCCUCCUCCCUCUCCACCUCCUCGCUCUCCUCCUCAUUCUCCUCAUCAAUUUCCUCCUCACGUUCCUUCUCAUUUUCCUCCUCACUUUCCUCCUCAGUCUCCUCCUCACUCUCCUCCUUGCUCUCCUCCUCCCCAGCUCUCCAAUCAUCCUCCUCAGGCGCAAUGA